AACUUGCACCAAUGGAUGUUUCCAAACAUCUGGAACUCGCCCGAAAGAUCGCAUCUGGCCCUCUGAGCAAAGAGGAGAAAGAUGAAAUUCUGUCCAAUCUCGGACUCGCAGGUCUCCCCUCACGAGAGCAGGUCCACCGGCAGAUCGAAGAAAGAUUCUUGACACCGCAGGACACCUUGCCUCCACAUUGGCUGCCCACGUACCAACUAUACUGGACACCAGAAUUGAACAUCCCCUCUCUGCUCAAGCUAUCGCCUUCGCCUGCGCCUACGACCGUGUCAUUUGUGCGCACGGGCCUCGAAGGACGCGUCACCGGCCACGUCGAGGUCAAUCCCAAAUCCACGCAAAUCAACAGGUGCGGCCUCGACAUCUCUCGAUCGCGCACCGGACCCGAGCAAGAACUUCGUCCGCGGGCGCUCAGGAAAUGUGCCCUUCUGGCCCGGUGGGCUGGAGGAUGUGGCUCUUCUGGAUGGCGACAAGCCCGGCGGGCGCGGGUCGUCGAGAGGGCUGAGGACGAUCCCGCCUGGGUUCGGGGGCUGCUGUUCCCCGAGGAUAUGGACGACAGUAUCUUGGAGCUGGAUGAAAUCGAGAGGGAUGCAGUGGAGGAACGGGCAGACGUUGAUGAGAUGGACGCCGAUGCCGAUGCGUUCUUUGAGGAGACCACAGCUCAAGAAGGUGUUCCUGGUGGUGCCGUCGAUAGCAUCGACGAUCUGCUUCCGACGACACGCACAAAUCUGAACCCGGUGAAACGGGCUCGCAAGCGCAUACAGAAGACCAUACAGAAACGAGAUUGGGCGCAUGUCAUCGAUGUGAACACACCGCUAUCCAACUUCCACGAGCUUGUGCCGGAGAUGGCUCACAAGUACCCGUUCGAACUGGACACUUUCCAAAAACAGGCUGUUUAUCAUCUAGAAAUGGGCGAUUCGGUCUUCGUCGCUGCUCACACCUCAGCCGGCAAAACUGUAGUCGCCGAGUAUGCUAUAGCUUUGGCUGAGAAGCACAUGACCCGAGCGAUUUACACCUCCCCCAUCAAGGCGCUGUCAAACCAGAAAUUCCGCGACUUCAAGCAGACGUUCAAUCCCGAGUCUGUUGGAAUCUUGACUGGAGAUGUGCAGAUCAAUCCUGAAGCCAGCUGCCUCAUUAUGACGACGGAGAUUCUGCGCAGUAUGCUUUAUAAGGGUGCAGAUCUCAUCCGUGAUGUCGAGUUUGUGAUCUUUGACGAGGUGCAUUAUGUGAAUGAUGCAGAGCGAGGCGUUGUCUGGGAGGAGGUGAUCAUUAUGCUUCCAGACCAUGUCAAUAUCAUCUUGCUCUCUGCCACUGUCCCUAACACGAAGGAGUUUGCCGACUGGGUUGGGCGGACAAAGAAGAAAGACAUCUAUGUCAUUUCCACAGCCCAACGGCCAGUUCCUCUUGAGCACUACCUCUAUGCAGGGCGGGAGAUGUACAAGAUCGUAGAUUCGCGGCGCAACUUCCUGGCUCUGGGAUACAAAGAGGCUGGCGAGGCUUUGCGCCGGAAACAGGACAAAGAACGAGAAGCAGCGGGACUUCCGCCCGUACAGCGGGCCGGUGCUGCCGCUCAGCGGGGCGGCGGUGCCAAUCAACGUGGUGGGGGGCAGCGCGGUGGGCGGGGUGCAGUCACUCCCGCUCGAGGCCGUGGCGGCGGUGGUGGAGGGGGAGGCGGCGCGGGCCGAUCAUCUCACCAUACGAUCGACAAGAACCUCUACGUCCAUCUACUUGGGCAUCUGCGCAAGAAAGGCCUGCUCCCUGUGGUGGUAUUCACAUUGUCCAAGAAGCGAUGUGAGGAGAACGCAUCGACGCUGACAAAUGCCGAUCUCUGCUCGGCUGUGGAGAAGAGCGAAGUGCAUGUUGCUAUCGAGAAGGCGCUUUCAAGGCUCAAAGGUCCGGACCGGAAGCUGCCUCAGAUCGGGAGAAUGCGAGACUUGUUGUCGAGGGGGAUCGGUGUGCACCAUGGUGGUCUGCUACCUCUGGUAAAAGAGCUCGUAGAGAUCCUCUUCGCUCGGGGGCUGGUCAAGAUCCUUUUUGCCACGGAAACCUUUGCCAUGGGUGUAAAUAUGCCUGCAAAAUGUGUGGUGUUCUCUGGCAUACGCAAGCACGACGGACGCAGCUUCCGGGAGAUCUUGCCCGGGGAGUACACCCAGAUGGCCGGUCGAGCUGGUCGCCGUGGUCUGGAUCCCACAGGGACAGUUGUUAUCGCUGUCGGAGAUUCUCUGCCAGAGCAAGGUGUUCUGCAGACAAUGAUGCUGGGGACGCCUGGAAAACUGUCGUCACAGUUCAGGCUGACGUACAACAUGAUUCUGAACCUUCUUCGCGUUGAAGCGCUCAAGGUGGAGGAGAUGAUCAAACGAAGUUUCUCGGAGAACGCGUCGCAGCGGUUGCUGCCGGACCAACAAAAGCAGGUGGUGGAGAGUGAAAAGACGCUGUCGACUCUACCCAAGCUCCAAUGCGAAAUUUGCGAAGCCGACAUCAGCCAGUGCUAUGAUGAUUCGUUCAAGAUCGUUGCUUCGAACCAGAAGCUGUUUAGUAUGGCCGUUUCUCAUCCUCAGGGAUCGAAGCUGUUCACUCCGGGUCGGGUCGUUGUUCUGCGGGACGGGCACUUCCGGAGCAACAAUAUCGCUGUCUUGCUCAAGCCCGCGCCAGUUACUGCAUCUGAAUCCGGCGUACUCGACAGAGUCAAGACGUACUUUGUUCUGGCGCUUGUCGAUCUUGCCACCAAAACUGGACACAGGGAUAUCGAUAAUCAAGCUGUGACCCCUCGAUGGCCCCCUCUGCCCCAAUCACUUAAUGUUUCAGAGGGUGUCUACGAAGUCACAGCUGUUCCACUGACAUCAAUUUCACUUGUCACUGCUCGCACAAUCAAGAUUGACGUGGAUGCUAUCGUUGACCGACAUCUGAUCUCCCGCAUGCGGGAAGCUCUGGCUUUGCUCAGUGGUUUGAUCGACGAGUGGGGAUCACUCACACAAAUCCCUGAAGUCGACUGGGCUCGGAUGCGCGCACUCGAGUUCCAAGAGACACUUCGAAGCAGGAAUGCGAUUGUGGAGAAGCUUGCGGGUCGUUCGUGUCUUUUGUGUGCGAACUUUGAAGAUCACUACGCGAUUCUUCACGGAGAGAAAGUGCUUCGGGCCAACAUCGCCAAUCUGAAGCUCGCCAUCUCAGACCAGAAUCUCGAGCUUAUUCCGGAUUAUGAGCAGCGGAUUGGCGUGCUGCAGGACUUGAAAUUCAUUGACGAGAACUCGACUGUCCUUCUUAAAGGCCGGGUCGCUUGCGAAAUCAACUCUGCGAACGAACUGGUUCUGACAGAGCUUAUUCUCGAGAACACACUCGCAAGCUACGAGCCCGAAGAAGUCGUAGCCCUCCUGUCUUGUUUCGUCUUUCAAGAAAAGACGGACGUCGAGCCCGUCAUCCCGCCGCGACUGGAGGAAGGCCGGGAUGCGAUUCUGGCUAUCAGCGAUCGGGUGGGCCGCAUACAGGACGCGCACAAAGUAGCCGCAGCGGAGUUCCGGACGGACCUGAAGUUCGGGCUCGUCGAGGUUGUGUAUGAGUGGGCCAAAGGCAUGCCAUUUGAGCAAAUCACCCAUCUCACAGAUGUGCCCGAAGGCACCAUCGUGCGAGUGAUCACGCGGCUGGACGAGACGUGCAGGGAAGUCCGCGAUGCGGCGCGGGUUAUUGGGGAUGCGGAGUUAUUCAAGAAGAUGGAGGAGUCACAGAUCAAGAUCAAACGAGAUAUUGUGUUUGCUGCCAGUUUGUAUUUCUAGACGCACCGAUGUUUGAUAGGAUGCACGGCGUCCGGUAGCAGACGUUACAUUCAAGUUUGUUCCGCGUGGGUAAGGUUCAGCACUGCCCGCGGCGGUGCAAACUCCAUCCAUCGUGCACUGUUCUUUUUUGGGAGACCUUCCAAGUCUCCUUCGCUAUACCUCAUCGUCAACAGCUCCGAAGCGCUCAUCUCUGACAUUCCUGGGAAGCGCUAUAGGAUUGAACCGGAAGCACGUCCACAGCUUGAGGACGGUCAAUCAAAGAUCCUUGUCCAGGUCUAGCAUUCUCAACGAAACAAGGAUGUUCGAAACGUAAAGUGGAUACGAAACCCCUUUCUCAAUGCCACGGGUCUCGAUAACCAUGUCCAUGACUCGCGGGAUUCUCAUGUUUUGCCCACCAGACCUGUAUCAGGGUCUUUACCGUUUCUGGACUCUGUCCUCAGGUGUAUAGCAUUGACCGACAAUCUGAGAGCGGAUGUAUUGUCACGUAGGCGUCAUGAAGCUCAGUAGGAGCUGAGUGUCGUCUCCAAAUCAGACUGCUUGCUAGCAAUGAACCAAGUAUAAAGUAGAAUUCAUGGUCCCUCGACGAUGAACAGCCACUAUCUUAUCUGAUUCUCGAUAUGCGUUCGCCAAAAGCGAUCAGCAAGUGCCACGUUCACGCUCGCACGCGAUCAUCCAGCUUUCGUCUUACCAACUUCCUCUCCCACAAAACCACAGUCCUUCAUUACCUCUUACUUCUCCUUCCAAAAUGCCCACCUCCUUCGAAAUGCGCCAACGGAACGCCAAAUUCGCCUCGGCGGCCAAGUCAGGCAAGAAGCCGACUCACCCCUCGCGCGCGGAGAUGCUUGCGAAGCGGAGCCCCGUGAAUAUCUGGGUAUUGGGAGUCGUGGUGUUUGUAGUGAUGGGCGGAGUUGUAUUCGAAAUCGUGAAGCUGCUCUUCCUCUAAAAUUGCGGCGCGCCGUGCGCUUCCGGAUCGUGUCGAGGGCUCGUCAGGCACCCAUUUGUAUUAACAGCUAGCGUCUCCUCGUUGUCUUAUCUUAUUUUCGUCCCCUCCGUGGCUGCAAUACAACAUGGAUGAUAUACA